GGCGGCGCCCAUAGGAGGCGUGAGUGCUGAGUAUUUGCCAUGCUAUUAAUUCUAUGCUGUAAUAUAUAAGUAGUAAUAAAAGGAAGAUGAAGCGGAAAGUCGCGGGUCAGUCUGGGUCGGCAAAGAUUAGGAAGCUGCAGCUGUCAGUCCAGACGUUUGUGGAGAAGGCAGAGGGCGGCGCAUCCCAGAACAGUAGCCUUGUAUCGGGGGGACACUCGGCAACUGGAGGGAGAGCAAAGAGCCGGAAGGAACUGAGGAAGCAGAAGCGUCUGUCCAAGAAGCUCAGGAGGAAAGAAUACUAUCAGAGGAGAUAUCUGAGCUCACAGCCCUCUGCUGAGCCGGGGCAACCAUCAGGAGAUGCUCAGCACAGGGACAAAGCUCCUCACACAUCCUCAGCCAAGGGACCAGAGGACCAUGGACAGGACAGGGAGAGAUCUGCUGGGAAGGAACCCGGAGCAAAGAAGCCUGAGACAGAAGCCAAGAAGAAGAGGAGGAAGAAGAAGGAGAAGAUGAGCAGAGAGGAGACCAGGAAGAAGGCUCUACUGGAGGCCAAUGAGAAGGAGGAGAGGGAGAUCAAGAAGCUGGAGAGGAGUCUGAGGAUGAAUAAGAGGAAAAACAAAAGUUCCCUGCCCCAGGCAUUCGCUCAGGAUGGUCUGGAUUACAUCCUGGGGGUGCUGGAGCCUGGUAGCUCCGUGUCUGGACUAUAUGAGGAGGAAGAAGAGGAGCAGAACACUGCUGAGAAGAUACAGAGACUCUCAGAAAAUCUCUUUACGGAAGACUCUGAGAAGGAAAGUGAGGAGGAGGAUGGUCUGGAAGAGGAAGAGAAAGGCGAGGAUGGUCUAUCAGAGGAGGAUGAUGAGGGUAAUUCUCUGGAGGAGCAAAGUGAGGAAGAUGAUGCCGCAGAACAUGAAUCAGAGGAUGAGUAUGAAGAAGAUAGUGCUGCCCAGGAAAAUGAGUCAGACAGUGGAGAUGAGGAGGAACCGGCUGUCGCUAAUGAGAACUCCGAAGACGCGGGCACGAAGUAUGUCCCUCCCCAGCUAAGACAGACCUCUGAAGUUGUAGACGCAAAGAAGAGGGAAGAACUGGAGAGGCUGAAGAAGAGCGUGAAAGGCUUGAUGAACAGACUGACUGAACCAAACAUGGCCUCUAUCAGCGGACAGCUUGAGGAACUGUACAUGACCAACAGCAGAAAGGACAUGAAUGAUACUGUAACCAGCGUUCUGUGCAAUGCUUGUAUUACACCAGCCAAAAUGCCAGACCGACUGAUGAUGGAACACGUGCUCCUCAUUAGUAUACUACAUCAUACAGUUGGGAUCGAGGUGGGUGCUCAUAUCCUGGAAUCGGUUGUAAAGCAGUUUCAUGACCUACAUCAAGACAUUGGUGAAAGUAAAGAGUGUGAUAACCUGCUCAUCUUCAUAGGACACCUCUAUAACUUCCACGUCAUGGACUGUCACCUGGUGUUUGACAUAUUGAAGUUGUUGGUGUCCACAUUCACAGAGAGGAACAUAGAGCUGAUCCUGCUGCUUCUGAAAAACGUUGGCUUCUCCUUGAGAAAGGAUGAUGCUCUGGCGUUGAAGGAGCUGAUUACUGAGGCUCAAAACAAGGCAAAUGUUGUGGAUAAGAACUCCCAAGAUCAGACUCGGGUUAAAUUUAUGUUGGAGACGAUGCUCGCGUUAAAGAACAAUGAUAUGCGCAAGAUACCAGGCUAUGAUCCUGAACCUGUGGAAAAGCUGCGUAAAUUACAACGAUCUUUGGUUCACCGCAGUGUGUCCGGCAGCGAUACUCGUCUACGUGUGACAUUGGACAACCUCUUGGAAGCUGAAAAAGUUGGCAGGUGGUGGAUUGUUGGGUCAUCAUGGAGCGGAGCACCAAUGAUUAAUGACUCUUCAGGGAAGGUGCCAACUCAGUCCAUUGGGAAGGUCAGUGCGAAGAUCAUGGAUCUGGCCCGCAAGCAGCGGAUGAACACAGACAUCAGGAGGAACAUCUUCUGUGUUAUCAUGACAAGUGAAGACUUUUUGGAUGCUUUUGAGAAUUUGCUGAAGCUCGGUCUGAAAGAUCAUCAGGAGAGAGAGAUUGUACAUGUCCUUAUAGACUGCUGUUUGCAGGAGAAGCUCUACAACCCCUUCUACGCAUUUCUAGCCAGCAAGUUCUGUGAAUACGACAGGAGGUUUCAGAUGACAUUCCAGUUCACUAUGUGGGAUAAAUUCCGGGAUUUGGGAAGUCUGUCAGCAGCCACAUUCUCCAAUCUCAACCAGCUCUUGAGUCACCUGAUUAAAAAGAAAUCUCUUCCACUCUCUAUUUUUAAGGUCAUAGAGUUCAGUGAGUUGGAUAAAACGAAAGUCUCUUUUCUGCGUCAGAUUCUGAGCAGAGUGCUGUUGGAUGCUGAAGCCGAAGAUCUUGCUGUAAUAUUUGGAAAAGUCUCUGACAAUCCCAAGCUUGGAAUGCUGCGUGAAGGCUUAAAACUCUUCAUUUCCCAUUUCCUGCUGAAGAACAUCCAGAAGAGCGCAGAGGAAGCAGAGCUGCUGCGGCAGAAAGCAGAUGUAGCUGUGAAAGCUCUGCAGGCGAAGGAUAACAAACUGCGGCUAUAGAAACUUCACUCCUCUGAUAAAACAAACUUUCUUAUAGAAGAUGAGGAACUGUGUCACUGAAGAUCU